CCAGCACAUGGUGUUCCUCCAUGGGGGCACCGGGGGCUCCUUAUCCGCUGCGGCGCGAGCGGGCGGUUCCCCUCUGUCGCGGGGUCGUGUGGCCAAUCGCAAAGCGGGCUCGCUCCGACUCUUCCCGGUCGGCCGUCACCUCCCGCUCACUGAUGAUCGCCCCCUGCAAGACCCUAGCCAAGCAGAAGGGGGCGCCCGCGACCGCUCCUUUGGCGGGGCUGGUCGAGACAAGAGUUCGCUCCCUCGGGUCCGUCGCCAAUCUGGACGCCGUGCCGCGGGAUGACCCUGUCAACCAGGAGCGAACUCCUUUUCCGCCUCCUGCAAGUGCAGGACUCGGGGAGACAAAGGACGGCUCUCCCGAGCCUGCGGCCGGGCGGGAGACAUCCUCUGCGGCCAGAACCAUGGACGCAGAGCGCGCCGCGCCCCCGCCUCCCAACGAUGUUAACGAGCUUGACUCGCCUGAGGACCGGGAUGCCGAGGCAUUCGCAGAGACCCUGACCUCCAACGCGGACGUCGUGCUCCCAGACACAGAGGUGAGGUCAGCCGAAGAGGGGACAGGGUCGGCUGAAGAGGAGAGAGGCCCCGCCGCUGAGGAGACCGUGGCGCUGGGUUCCGGCGAGACCCCAGUCGAUCCUGGGGCCGGCCGUGCUCCAGAGGCUAGUGUCGAUGAUCCGGACUCCGCUCUAGCAAGGAACCCUCUACCUUCCCGGGACGACAUCGCCUCGUCGCCCGACCCCAAGGCGGCCUCCUUGGUCACGAGUGAGGUUGCCGCGCAGCUUCCAGGUGUCACGCCGAGCCCCGCUCCCGUGUCGACCGAGCCGUCACCUAGCGUUGCGCCAACCUCAGUUGCUACAAUGACGGUGGCAACCAGGGCUGGUGCAGGGUUCGAGCGUUCCGGUGAUGCAGGCGCGGCGGCCGGAGGCGGAUGGACUAGUUUGGGCAGCGUAGAGGCCCUCGGCCUUCUUGCGUCCAACUAUGGAGGCUCAAAUGCGGAACUUGCCGCUGCCAUGCAGAACUUCGAAUGGAGAGACCUCGAGUUCGGGCGGCUCCGCAGGUGGGAGCGAACAUCAUCACAGUGAUGCGCUCAUUCGUCGUUCCGUCGUUCGUGGAGACGGAGCUCUGGGAGGACGAGCGUCUGAGGCUACAGCUCAAAAUCAGGCGCUCCUGGAGGCACGCCAGACCACGGAGGAGGAGCUAGCUUCACUUCGCCGGGCCCUCGAGGACGAGCGUCUGGCGAGGGCGGCGGAUCACGACGAGGCCAACCGGGUGCUGAACGAGAUGCUCGCCCGGUCGUCUUCCGUCACCUCGGAGCUCGAGCAGCUUUGAAAGGAGCACAACGAGCUGCGCGUCGGGCUUGAGGCGGCAGAGCAGGCAUGGGACACCGCGGUCCAGGGGUGCAGCGCGGCCAUCCAAGAACGUGACAUCGCAAUCCAAGAGCGUGACGUCGCCAUCCAGGAAUGCGACGCGGCGACCCAAAGGUGCGACGUCACGCUAUCAGCUGUGGAAGAAGCGUCAGAGCGGGAGAAGACCGCGCUCUCGAGCUUGCAGAACGCCCGCAAUGAGUCCGAGGACCUGCGCCAGGAGCUCGCUCGCGUCGACGGCCAGAGGAAAGAGGCAGAGGCGACAGUGGCUUCAUUGACCAUUGACGUCGCCACCCGCCGCACCACGCAACAAAGAUUGGAGGCGACCGUCGUGCGACUCCAGAACGAGGCAGCCAAUGAGCAUUUUUUAUCACGCGAUCUCUUUUUGGUCUUCUUGAGGGAUUGUAAAAACGAGUGAGCUGGGUUUCCUUAGCAGCCGCAAACUCCCUGUGCCGAGAGGCGGAGUCGAAGCUGUUGAAGCUAAAAGAAGCGCUCGAGCUCCAGGUGGUCGGUUCCGACAACCUUCGCCUCGCGGUGGGGCUCGUGUUGGACGACCUCGGCGUAGAGGCCGCCGCUGCACCGGGUCAGCUCGUCAGCCAACUCCUCGAGGGUGUGGAUGGAAUGAAGCAGGAGGCCCGGGCCGCCCGUCAAGAGGUCGAGGUUGCGCGUCAGGUGGCGAGGGACACCGUGUACACUGGGGUGCACCAUGCCUUCGCCGUUGUGCGCAGCCAUUAAUGUCAACAUCGACCUGCAGGAGCUAAGUAAAGGGUACCCGGGAGACUAUGCUGACGCUGAGCUGGAUGCCUUUGAGGAGGAAACCGCCCCUUUCACCCGAAAUCUGACGGACAAGAUGUUGGAAGAUAAUGAAGAUUAGCAGCCGGAUCGUCGGGGUUGGGCUGUGUUUUGUCUUUAUUGCACUUUGUUCUUGUGGAAAACUUUGAACAACUUGUUUUAUUAAUGUAAUAUAAGUUUGGAAGGGUUUUCGAUAA